ACUCAGUGGAGCUCAGUCACUUGGUAGCACAGAGUAAGAGAAGAGAUAUUUGAGCUUGAAAGUGGAAUCACGGUCGAGACUAGAAUAUGGUUAUACUCAUCAAUUGAGUAACAUGUUGGACUAAAUGGCAAUAAAUAUAAAAUUGGCCAUAUUUGUUGAGAGCCAUCAAUUGAAAUCCUUAUACGAGGUAGAAUAUCAGAAUAUUGGUUUUCUAGUAAUAACGGUACUUGGAAAGUUUAUCAACUAAUCAAUGAUUGAUUACUGGACUGUGUGAAAAUAUUGUGAAUCCCGAUAGUCGAUCAAACUAUUUCACCUGCGCUUGAGAUUGAAACAGGAAGGGGCGUGUCGUUGACUCGCUUAGUCGGGAAAUGACUAUAUCUUACGCUAGUGAAGUCCCAAAUGGAUCCAGCUUUGGCUGUUUCUGGAGAAUUCUUAUUAAAUGGCGAGGAUCAGUAUACAAACUCAUAUGGAGGGAAUUAUUAGCUUAUCUCUUCGUGUAUUAUAUGAUAAAUAUAACUUAUAGAUAUGCACUUAACGAUCAACAACAGAGGAUAUUUGAAAAAAUACGCUUUUAUUUUGGAAAUUCGAGCGAGUCGAUACCGAUGUCGUUCGUUCUGGGAUUUUACGUUAGUCUCGUCGUAAAAAGAUGGUGGGAACAGUAUAAACUACUUCCUUGGCCUGAUAACUUGGCCCUAUUCAUCAGUGCAGCCAUACCAGGAAUCGAUGAACGAGGACGAUUGAUGAGACGUAAUAUCGUCAGAUACGCUGUAUUGGCGUAUGUAAUUACAUUACAAAGAAUUUCAUUGAGGGUGAAAAGGCGUUUUCCAACACUUCAGCAUAUUGUCGAUGUAGGCUUAAUGAUGGAGUCAGAGAAGAAGAUUUUUGAAAUGAUGAAUAAGAAAGCAGCAAUGUCCAAGUACUGGAUGCCAUUGGUGUGGGCAACGAAUAUAAUAAAUCGAGCAAGAAAAGAAAAGCUCAUUGAAAGUGAUCAUGUAGUUCAAACACUUUUGGUAGAGUUGAGCGACAUUAGAAAGCGAUUAGGUGCUUUAAUUGGAUAUGAUACGGUGUGUGUUCCACUCGUUUAUACGCAGGUAGUUACAUUAUCCCUGUACGCGUACUUCUUUUCAGCCCUGUUGGGACGCCAGUUUGUCGAGCGUUCGUCCAAUGGAGCUGGUUCACCUGGAAAAUAUGAAGAUCCGGAUAUGUAUUUUCCAGUUUUCACCACACUUCAGUUUUGUUUUUACGUUGGAUGGUUGAAAGUCGCCGAGGUGCUGAUAAAUCCUUUUGGUGAAGAUGAUGACGAUAUUGAAUUGAACUGGCUAAUUGAUCGACAUAUAAAGGCUGCAUACAUGAUAGUAGAUGAGAUGCAUGAAGAACAUCCUGAAUUGCUGAAAGAUCAAUAUUGGGAUGAGGUUGUGCCGAAAGAUUUGCCCUAUACAGUAGCCAGCGAACAGUAUCGUAGAGAAGAACCAAAAGGUUCAGCUGAACACUACAAAGUCAAGGAGAGCGAUGCUCUCUAUGCCAAUGUUAUGCUUGGUACUCAAAUACACAGUGGAAAUCAACAUAGAAAGUUGCACCAAGAUGAUAUGUAUGCAGAUUACGAGAGUGUCGAUACGCCUCUAGUUGAAAGACGGAAGAAUUGGCUUCAGCGACAAAUAACACGAAUGGGCUCUGUUAGAAGUUCAUCAACGACGUACAGUAGUAGUGGAUUUUUUUCACGAAAUCGCCAUAACAGUGUAUACAGUAGCCCAGAAAGUGGAGGAUUGCCGCAAACUAAUCCUCAUCCCAAUGUCAAGAUGUCUCUCUAUGAUCGACUUGUGGGAAGAAAGAGUAUACGGAGUCAACGUUUAGGACGUCAAGGAACAAUGACAAAAUUACACUCAGUUCCCAUAUCACUAAAAAAUCGACCGAGAAUACCUACGCCAGAUGUGACAAAAGAAGUAGUUGAUCGUGAACAGAGGCUUGCCUUAUCAGUGAGUAAUGCAGCAACUAUUGGCGCAGGUGUAGUGGGAGUUAUUCCCACAGCUAAUGGUUCUUAUGCAGCAGAUCUGCCAGUAGUUCAAGUUGUUUUAUCACCAAUUCAAGAAACCGAAUCUACUCCUUCAGCAAGUAGAGGGGGUACAGCUGCAGCAGCACUUGCUCAAGCAGUUCUUCCUCCAACUUUAACAAGUGCGGGUCUAGUAGCACCGGUUACUUUAACUCCAGUAACAAUGAGUCAACUUACUGAAUUAGGUCUCGUCACAACAACUUCAGCUUCAAUGCCACAAUCCAAUGGCAAUUGUCAUAUUACCCUAACCGAGGUUAAUAGCAGUGAAGAAGAAACAUCUACUGCUAGCAAUACUAGUAAUUCAAGACAUGAAAGUAUAAAAACCGAUCGCGAGGAAGGACAACACCACAGUUCACCUGGUGGUAGUCAAGCCAAUUCACCGAGCAUUGAAAAUCCUUCCGCCGGCGGAUAUAUUACAUCAACAAACGAUGUUAUCACACAUCAACAAAAUGAUGUUAAGGGAAGGCGAUCGAGCUCUCUGCCUGGGACAACUCCUACAAUGCCACUCAGAGAAGAUAGGAGUUUUUCAUUGCCGCAUGAAAUUCAAACUAUUUCUGCUACAAACAAACAUAUUAAUUCACUUUUGGCGGCAGCACCAGGAGUUGUUAAUCUUCAAGGAAGACAGAGAACAAGUAGCGUUGGUGGUGACUCGCCUCGACCAAGACUUCAAGAAUCUCAACGGAGAAUUAGUACGCCUGCUAGUACAAAUUCAGCAAUGUUAACAGGGAACAUAUCGACUGGAUCUUCCAGUGGGAUUAAAAGAGGUGAAGUUUAUGUUUGACAUGAUUUUUUAAAAUUUUACCAUAUCCUGUGAAUAUUGUCAUUCCAUGUAAAAAAAAAAAAAAAACAAAACAAAACAAACAAUCGACCAUUUGUUUUACAAGUCUAUAGGAGAAAUUGGGUCUUGAGACAGCUGAGAAUACUAAUAACGGUUUUAGUAAUGAUGAAUAUAUCGUUCAUAGCCGUUUUUUCACGUUGUUAAUUCAAGAAGGUAUUAGUGCUCAUGGCUGUAUGUAUUGUAAGGGAAUUGAGUGACUCAGGAGAACACUAUUUCUUAAUGAAAAAAAAGUGUAAUAAUAGAGUAGGGCGGGGACUCAAGUUUACGAUUCAAAUCAUCCAUUAAUAAGGACUCGACGUUAUAGAUAUUUUCCUUGGUGACUAACGUUAACUAUAGUAUUUCAUUGAUGUAAAUAUUAUUUUGUUGAUAUUCUCUUUUCUACAUAUCUUAAAAAAAUCAAUCUCAUUAAUAGUCCCCAUAUAAUAAAAUAAAUUAAAGGAGAUAAAUAACUCAUUAGGCGGUAAUGGGGAAUGAAAAAUAAAAUUUGUGAUAUGACUGAUUGUUGAGAAUUUUCUCAAUGUAAAUGUUAUAUAUUCUAUCGUACGAAUAAGAUCUGAUCGUUGAUAUGGAUAAUUCGGCCGUGGAAAACCUUGUACAAUUUUACAUUCAAUUUUAUAAUUUUCAUCUACAUGCUGCAAAUAAUAAUCCAUCAUCGAAAAUAUGAUGAAUUUACAGUUUUGUCUCAAGACAAAUGAUUUUUUAACAAAAAAACAAUGGGUGCUUUUUACUUCCACAAGCAAAUGGCCAAUGUGAUCGACUACUGAGCCUAUUUUUACGUGUUAUCAUUGUAUUUAUUACGAUUAGAAAACAAAUAUUAAUCAUAUGUAGCCCAAAAUAAUGGAAUGAACCUACUUCUUACAUAUGAUGAUAAUUGUAUUGAAUUGAAUAAGCUUUUUACAUUAACAAUAUCCCUGGACCAUUGCUCAAUAAUGCCUCAAUUGAAGAAAUCGAUAGGUGUGCUUCGUUUACCACCGCAGUCGAUGAGUUUGUUAGGAUAAUUUGUGAUGGGGGCUUUGUGCAAUUAUUGUGUUGUAUAAACAUAAAAUCUUUCCUUUCAAGAAGACACAUCUUGACGAUCAUUCACGAUCAAUCUGAAGAAGUGUUCAUGUUUUUGUGGUUUGAUUAUCUAUGAAAGUUCAGUAUUUGUGUAUAAUAGCCAAUAAAAUGAGUUGUUUUGAA